CCGAAAUGUUGACCUUUACUGGCCCCUUCUCGAUAAUUUCAGAAGGUUUUUUUGUAGAAGGUCGGAAACUUUUAUUUGUAGUCGUUAGAAUACACUUGAAAUUACCUAAGUGCAUACUAAAAAAGGAUAUCUGGAAGCUGAAAUGUAAUUAUCUGAGAGGAGAUAAAAAGUAUUAACAAGAUGCUGUGGGAAAUGUUUAAGUUCCAUCAGAGGUCUGCAUAUGACUCUCCUGAUGAACCAGUUCCUAACAUAGACGUCACCGCAGCUUUGGAGGAAGAUGACAUACAGACAAACAAAACAACUAGUAACAUUGUAGAAAAGAAAUCAGACGAAGAUGACCUCUUCAUUAACACGUUAUGGGGGAUACAUAAUGAACUCGAUGAAUUGCGCGAAAGCUUUUGAUAUGGAUGGAUUGUUUUGUGCUAAACUCCAAUAUUAUAUGGCCUCGAUGGCAUAUCUUCAAGUCACACCUAUCUGAUCGUAUUCAAAAUGUCAAAACCGGGAGUUAUAACAUUCUGAUAGUAAAGAAAGUGUGCAGGAGUUCCCUAGGGCACAAGUCUGGGGUCUCUACUAUCCAUAAGGUAUGCCCUAAAAGU